AUGCCAUCUCGUGCUGCAUUCUCAGGACGACAACGAAGAGGGGCGUACACGUUACUUGCGAACGAUGAAGACGUGGCCAGCUACAAAUCAUCGACACGGCACUGGUGCAUCUACACCAUCGUCGUUGUCCUUAUUACGCAUGCCGUGUCCGCUCCUUUGCUGUACUUCUACGCCAGGCGUAUGACCUUGCAACAAAACUCAUUGGACUUUCCAGGCAUUGAUCGAGCAUACCCCGGGCUUGAUCGUUCACUUUCAAUAAUCCGUUUUAGCGAUUUUCGAGGCCCGUGGAGAAGUCGAUGGUCUGCCCCACCAAGCAAAAAAGUGGAUGGGGCUUGGGACGAGCUUGGAGUCAACGACCAUGGUUUCAUUAUCCCGGAGGCCACUGGUCGCGAAGUAUUCAAUCUUGAUCGCAGACAACACCUAUACCUUCCAAAGGGCUACUUUGUGGACAAAAAUCAAGAAGGGUUUCCCGUUAUAUUGCAGGCUACGCACGAUUUGCACUGUUUGAACGAGUUGCGAAAAUCCUUAUAUUUCAAUUACGACUACUAUCGCCAAUUUCAUAACGACACUCUUGUAUCACCUUCAUUCCGGAUUGAUCACACUAAUCACUGUCUUGACAAUCUACGUGAGCGUCUUAUGUGUACGGCGGACGUUGGCGUCAAUCCUAGCGUCUGGAUUCGCAAAGACGACAAUGCCUUACAAUUUGGGCGAGAGCAUAAGUGUCAUAAUUAUGAGUCUGUCAUGCAAUGGCUCGAUUCUUUUGGCAUUGGCCCAGGUCGAACGCUGUACCAAGUAGGUGGGGAAGAGCACAUUGACGCUCCGCCGGACGCUAUCUUGCACGACCCGAAAUACUUCGGACAGGAAUGA